CUGUGUUUGACUCUGUCAACAGCAAAGGACAUGUCUCUUUUGGGGGAUUUAGUUUUCUUACCCGUCUCUAGUCCCACCGCUCUUUUGGCGGCUGCUGUUCUCCUGCUCAUCCUCUAUCUUGUCUCCGGUAACUUUGCUUCCCAGGAACUGGGGAAGGAGCCUCCAGGACCUAGGCCUCUUCCCCUGCUUGGCAACUUGUUGCAGCUUGAUCUCAAGAGACCCUACAGAACCCUCUGUGAGCUUUCAAAGAGAUAUGGGUCUGUAUUUACGGUGUACUUUGGAACCAAAAAAGUGGUGGUGCUGGCAGGAUACCAGACAGUCAAAGAGGCUCUGGUCAACUAUGCAGAAGAGUUUGGAGACAGAGACAUCCCCCCUAUAUUUUAUGAACUGACUCAUGGUCAUGGGAUUCUGUUUGCAAAUGGAGAAACGUGGAAAGUGAUGAGACGUUUUGCCCUCACCACCCUGCGAGACUUUGGGAUGGGAAAAAGAGUAGCUGAGGAUAAAAUCUUGGAGGAAUGCGACCAUCUAAUCAAAUUGUUUGAAGAGCAUGAAGGGAAACCAUUUGAUACAUCAUGUCUGUUGAAUUACGCAACAUCCAAUAUUAUCUCCUCCAUCGUGUAUGGAAACAGAUUUGAAUACAAUGACCCCCGAUUCAAAAACUUGGUGAGAAGAACCAAUGAGAACAUACGCAUUACCGGCUCGGCACCAAUCCAGCUUUACAACAUGUUUCCCAGGCUGGUCGGUUGGAUCAAAAACAGGCAGCUGAUACUGAAAAAUGCUGAGAUGACCAUCAGAGAUGUCAAAGAUUUAAUCAAGCAUCUGAGAGGGACGCUGAACCCUCACAUAUGCAGAGGGCUUGUGGACUGUUUUCUGAUUCUGAAACAGAAAGAAGACGAUUCUUGUGUUAUGAACACUAACUUCAAUGAGAAGAACUUGAUAUAUACAGUGACCAACCUGUUUGCAGCUGGUACUGAUACCACAGCAGCUACACUGAGAUGGGGUCUGCUGCUUAUGGCCAAAUAUCCACAUAUACAAGACCAGGUCCAGGAGGAGCUGAGCAGGGUGGUAGGAAGCCGUCAGGUCCGGGUAGAUGACCGGAAAAAUCUGCCGUACACUGAUGCUGUUAUCCAUGAGACACAGAGACUGGCUAACAUUGUCCCCGUGGCUCUUCCACACAAAACCAGCUGUGAUGUCACCUUCCAGGGCUACUUUAUCAAAAAGGGGACUACUGUGUUUCCUCUACUUACUUCUGUUCUGUAUGAUGAGAGCGAAUGGGAGAGCCCACAUACUUUCAACCCUUCCCACUUCCUGGAUAAGGAGGGUAAAUUUGUCAGGAGAAACGCCUUCAUGCCCUUUUCUGCAGGCAGUGACCUCACGAAGCAGUGUUACCCUUUAGCUUUUAUGUACAGCCACGCAGUGGGGGUCACCAGGCCAACAGGGUCUUUGAGGAACAUAAAAGGAUCUGCCAUGAUGAUAAUGUGA